GUCAGACGCGUUUCAGAGACGCGCGUGUGGAUCAUAACUGCGUUGAGCUGACAGACACACACAUAUGAUCGGUCUGCAGCUACAUUACGCACACACACACACUCUCAACUGAUCAAAGUGGAUAUUGGUGAACGUUCACCUGGAUUUCUUCACCUGUGCGCAGGGUUUUGGAGGCAGAAUGCGGCGCGUUUAUAUAGACACGGGAAACUAUCAGAGUUAGUGCGGAUUUUGGAUGUGUGUUUGGAUCCCGAUGUCUUCAUGUGAGCUGUUGCUGCAGCUGCUGAUUUUCCCUUAUUUUACAGACGCCGCGCGCGGCAGCAUCACGGUCACGCGCGUCGCGUUGCGUUGCGCGCGGUGAGCUGAGCGACGCGCGCGUCUUCUGGACACUUGGAUCUAGCGGAUAACAUGCUGUGAAUGGACCUGGAACAGUGAUAUUUCUUGGAUAACUCACGGAUUUUAUCUUUUGGAUCUGUUCAAUGUUUCCUGGUUUACUGAGAAUUUGGCUUUUCUGAAGCUCCGGUCUGUAUGGACCCCAUUUAAGCUUCCCUCAAAGGAACUGAGUCUAAAAUGAAGUUAUGGGACAUUCUAGCCACGUGUUUGUUGCUCCUGAGCUCCGUGUCCACACGUCCCCUUUUCCACAAACUGCAGCCAUCCAAGAGAGCUGUGGUCCGCAGUGAGAGCCCCGCUCUGGACCCCAUCAUCGACUCCCAACCUGAAACCUCAAACCCAAAACAAGCCUCCAUGGAGGAACAAUAUGACCUAACGGGACUGUACCCGGAGCAGUUCGAGGACGUAAUGGACUUCAUCGAAGCCACUCUGGGCCGCCUGCGCAGAUCCUCAGACGUAGAACCUCAGAUGAAGCGGGACAGGGUCCGACAGAAAGCAGCAGCAAACACGGAGAAAUACGGAGGACGGGGACGAGGAGAGCGCAAGAGGAGCCGCGGACGGGCCCGGAGCAGAGACGACCGGGUCAAAGGUCAAGGGCGCGGCUGCCUACUUAAAGAGAUCCAUCUGAACGUCACAGACCUGGACUUGGGUUACAGGACCAAAGAGGAGCUGAUCUUCCGCUACUGCAGCGGCCCGUGUCACGAUGCCGAGACCAACUACGACAAGAUCCUCAACAAUCUCACCCACAACAAGAAGCUAGACAAGGACACGCCGUCCCGAACCUGCUGCCGGCCCAUCGCAUUCGACGACGACAUCUCUUUUCUGGACGACAGCUUGGAGUAUCACACGCUGAAGAAGCAUUCCGCUAAAAAGUGUGCUUGCGUUUGACCGCACAGGAACAGGACUCUCUCUAGAAGAGAGCAGACGAGGGUGUUUUCAGUAUUCACUUUGUUACCGAACCACGAGCAUUCAUACAGCAACAAACACCUGUUGUUUUGGUGGAAUAAGGAAGCUUCAGUGGGAUUAUAAUGUCAGAGAGACGCCGCCACGAUGACAGCAGACUGCAAAUCUUUAAUAUCCAGAAAGCUAUCAUUAUAUAUAAAUAGUAUAUAUGAAAAUGUAUUUAUUGAGAUUUAAUUAAGUUAUUGUUAUUUAUUGCAAUCCAUUGUAUUAGAGUGUUUGUUUCUCUUAUUUAUUUGAGGAGGUUUUUUUUUUGUUUUUUUGGAUUGUUGUUCUCUAUCUUGGAUGGUGCCAAAUCGGAGCAGGUGUUUUUAAAGGAGCCGCUCGCUGUUGGUCAUUUACUCAGCAUCAUGUUGUUUCAGCAUCGUGGCAUGUGGUUUAGUUUUUUCUGUCAAAUGCAAAAUGAGAUUUGGGGCUCAAGAUGAGGGCGUAGACACAUUACAAAACCCUUGACAAAAUAUACAGUUGAAGUCAGAAUUAUUAGCCCCCCUGAAUUAUUAGC